AUUGAUCAACAAGGUAAACGGGUCCUUCCGAUUGGUUAAAUGCAUAAAGGGAUUUAUUUCAUUUGUUCACUAUUUCAGGCUGCCAUGAGUUCGUUUUUGCACAUUUAAGGUAACCAUUUAUUGCGAUUUUCGCCGUCUUUUGCGGUAUGCAUAUUGCACAGCUUAAUGUCGCGAUAACGAUAAAUUUGCGGUAUAUUGUGCAGGCCUAAUGACGUGUGUGGUACUGUCUCACAUGUCUCCCCGGACCACAACCGACCCCAAACCUGCCCAAAUCAUGUCAACCCGCCCAAAGCUAUUUCCUGCAAAUUCAGAUCCAAAACCGCCCAAUCGGGCAACACUGUCCGCGUCUCUUAUAAUGAGAAAAACCUGUGACGUAGCUCCACCCACACGCUGCGGGAGCGUCACGAUUUUUAACACACUUUCAGACAAGCGUCAGGUGGCGACUUUGAUGGGUGUCAUAACAAAAGUGGUGGACAUGAAUUUUGAACGCAAGAAUCAGAUUCGGUGUGUGGCUGAACCGUGAUCCAUACUGAUCACGGUUCAGCCACACACCGAAUCCAUUGCACCCCUAAAAAUGAAAAGAAGGAUCUUAAAACCAACCUAAAACCUUAAAGCUUUAGUGAGAAAUAAGCAGUUUAAAAAUAAAGACAUAAGAAAAGAUAAAAGAACAAAGAAUAUGUUUAGAUAAAAUGAAAAACAGCAUCAGAACCGUGACCCAAGAAUCCUUCUGUGUUUUCGGCAUCAUCUAAGGCUUUUGGGACGGGGAGUAUCUUACUGAUGAGUUGAUAACAGUCAGACAAACGCCACAGACACACACACGCCCAUGAGGGCCAGGCUGCUUUCAUGAAUGUUAAAGAAUCCACUUUUAUGCUCUCAGAAACAUUCUCAGAUUUCAAAAGCUUUUCAAAGAUUUGAAUUCAAGCGAGUCCUGCUGGGUGAAUCUUCCAGGAUUAAAUCUCAAAGGUUUUGCAGAAGUAUUGCACACUUGGAGAUGUUUCACCCGCUAGAUGCUUCAUAGAGGAGUCUACCUCAGUGAAGAUUUGAGGUUCAACUGGUGUCUUUUAAAGUAGGGUUUCAUGAUGCAGAUGUAGGGAUCAAACAGACUGACUCUUCCAUGAUAGUAAAGCUGUUUCUGCACUUUCAUGUUCAUCACAGCACCUCUGUGGAGCUUUUCAUGACCAUCUUGCUUCUGUAACAUUAAAUUUAGAGGGAGGCUCUGCUGGAAGGUUUGCUUUUAUGUCUUUGUACUCGCCAAUGCCAUCAGCAGUCUCCUAUUCUCCAAGAAGGAUCAGCUCCAGGACAGUCAGAGUCCAUGAAACCAGCCCUGUGUCAGGCCAAAGAGAAGCAUCCCGUCUGGGAGUUCAGACUGUUCCCCUCCCUCAACCCCCUGUCUCUUCUGCCUUCGGCAUCUUCUUAACUUUGAUUAAAGCAACGACCCGCCCUGCUGUGUGUGUGAGGGACUUACAUGGGAUGCUUCCUCCACAAUGCCAGUGACCGAGCCCUGGGAGGAACUAUGCUGUACGACAUGCGUAAAAUGACCAGUGCUCUGUGUCAGGACACCUGCUCAGAAAGUGGGUACCAGUUUGCAGGUCUGGAGUACGGCGCUGAGUGUCACUGUGGGAACCAUAUCAGCAGUCCACCGGCUCCAGAGGAGGACUGUAAUCUGGUAUGCCGUGGAGAGAGGGGGUCUCCCUGUGGUGGUGUGGGUCGUCUCUCCAUUUAUAAGGUGGAGCAGCAGCUGCCAGGCCAGAGAAAGUUCAGAAACAUUCACUAUCACGGUUGCUUUGAGUUUAAGAGCAGCUCCAUCUGCUCCUUCCCCAUCCACUCUGUCCAGCCUAACCUGACCACACAGUCCUGCAUGGAGAUCUGCACCGACAAGGAGCUCCCGCUGGCCGUCUUCAAGAAGCCCCAUUGUUUCUGCACGCGGACGUCGCCUCUGUUCAGCCUCACUCGGCAGCUGGACAACCUGCGGUGCGCUCUGAACCACAGCUCCUCCUCCACAGCCCCAGCUGAGGGGGGUUAUUACCACGUGUACCACACUCCUGUGCUGGACUCCAGGUGCAAAGAGAGGAUGUUUCUGCCUCACAGAUCCUCCUCCCUGGUGGCGCUCUCCAGUUUUCCAGGUGCAGGCAACACUUGGGUCCGUCACCUGAUUGAGCUGGUGACAGGGUACUAUACUGGCAGCUUCUACUUUGAUGGCACCUUGUUCAACAGAGGUUUUAAGGGUGAGAAGGACUACUGGAGGAGCGGCCGCAGCAUCUGUGUGAAGACCCAUGAGAGCGGUCAGAGGGAGAUAGAGAUGUUCGACUCCGCCAUCCUGCUGAUCAGAAACCCGUACCGCUCCCUAAUGGCAGAAUUCAACCGCAAGUGUGCAGGACACCUGGGACACGCCUCAGACGCUCAGUGGAGCAGCAAAGAGUGGCCAGCAUUUGUCUCAAGCUACGCCCCCUGGUGGGCAUCUCACGCUCUGAGCUGGCUGAAGUUUGGGCGUCGCCUCCUCGUGGUUCAUUACGAGGAGCUGCAGAAAGCUCUUCUGCCGCAGCUUCGUCUCAUCACAGCCUUCCUGAAUGUUAGCGUCACAGAGGAGAGGCUGCUGUGUGCACAGUGCAACCAAGACGGACACUUCAAACGCUCAGGGGGUCCACAGCCGACCUUUGACCCGUUCACCCCUGACAUGAAACAGAUGAUUGACUCCUUUAUUCACACUGUUGAUCAGGCCCUGAGGAGCAGAAACUUCAGUGGACUUCCAGAGGAUUACAGUCCCACAAGAUGAUGUGCAGACGUUCCACAGCUGCUCGAGACUGAUGAAUCUAAGAGGCCCUCUCUCAGGCACACUGUGAUCCGCUGUGGGAUCACGGAGGACCAGGACAGGUCACUGCAGGGACAUUUCAUACUACUGCUCUACAGUGACCGGUCACGAGGCUCCGACACACUUGGAGGACUUGAAGUGAUUUCUGGGGCUACAGUAUUUCAGGAGGAAGAGGGUUUCUCUGAGCCCUGGCAUCUUCAUUACAGAAACGUGUAGUUUUAGUUUGCUUUGUUUUAUUUGAAAUAGCCAGUCAUAUUCACACACAGUGUAAGACCUCAGUGAUGCCUGUUGGAACCGGUCCUGAACCGUUUGGAUUCAUUAAAUCCUUUUGAAGAAAGUGAA